AUGGCGACUCAUUGUGGAACUACCGAUGAUCUUCUCUCCAAGUUGGCUGAAGACAUUGAGACGGGUGAACAGAUGGAGGGCUUAGGACGAUCACUUGGAUUCAAACAUGCAGCUAUCAGUAGAUACACAGAGACCAACAGAUUAGAAGGACGGGUCACGUGCAAGGGAACACGUGACAUGCUGUUUGACUGGAGGCAUACCGUGGAGCCAGCCGACCAGCAUCCCAGGCUGAAACAAGCUCUCAUUGAUGCUCGUCUAGUCAUGCUUGCUAAAACUCAUCUCGAGGGGGUUUCAAGUACUCCAGAUAUAUUCGGCAAGAAGAUCUCAGAAUCAUUGACUGUGGGACAAUGUCGUGAGAAGCUGAGACACAGGUACCUCGAUAAAUUGUGCAAAAUUCAACUGAGGCCCUGGGAUAAAUCAAAUUACGCUGAGCUCAAAGAUUUGCAUACGGUCGUAACAAUGAUGAGGAAAGAUUCGAGUGGAAAAGAUACCAAAAAGAAAGAAGAAUUGGAGGGCUCUGUUGAUAAGAUAUUCUCUACCAAAGUAAACGGGAGACUACCAUCUCGUAUCCUUAUAUCAGCUCCAGCUGGAGUAGGAAAGACAACAGCUGUUGCAAAGAUAGCGUACGACUGGGCUCAAGAAAAAAAGGAAUCGGCAUUGGAGCAGUUGCCACUUCUUUUUGCUGUUAGAUUUCGUAACACAAGCCACAGGACAUCGAUUGGGGAAGCCAUCAAAGCCCAGCUUUUAAGCGACGUCCGUGAUCUCAAACCGGACGAUAUAGAGAGUUUCAUCCGUGAAAAUCAAGAGAUCUGUCACAUCAUACUUGACGGACUGGAUGAAUAUGCCGGUAUUUCUUCACUGAACAAUAUUGUCAGCGUCAUUCGAUGUGACGAGUUUCCACAAUGUCGCGUGCUUAUAACAACACGCCCUCAUCUAGAAAGCUACUUCAAUCAUGAUGACCUUCCAAGGGUAUACACUAAAAUGUGGAUCGAAGGAUUUUCAAUGGAGAGUUCCAGAGAGUACAUCGAUAGAUUCUUCACACUGUCUUCGAGCGAUGUAAAGAGGGAUAAGCUGAAAGAAUACCUCAACGACCAACCACUCAUCGAUGAACUUGUAAAAACACCUCUCUUUUGUCUUAUGAUCUGUCACCUGUGGAGUGAAGAUCAACUAGGAAGUGAUGUCAGUACCCAAACAGAUUUGUUUGACAGUGUAAAUACAUUUUUAAUGCACCAUGCAAAUGCUCGCUCAGGUUUAACAUUCACUCACAAAAACAUAAAUGGGAUCGUCAACGAAAUUGGCAGAGUUGCGCUCUACGGUCUACUCCAUGAUGCCAAAAAACUAAUCUUCACGCCCCGAGAUUUCCGAAGAGUUCCUUGUAUCCUUGAUAAAGCAUGCGAGCUCGGAAUAGUAUCAAAGACGACAGUGCCAAUCACAAACCUUCCUCAGUCCGACGAGACCACUUCAACUCAAAUUGAAUUUUAUCACAAAUUAGCACAAGAACAUUCGGCGGGAAAAUUCAUCGCUAGUGUAACAUGGCGCAUACUAUUGUGGUUAAGAGUAUCUCAGUUGGACCGAAUAUUUUGGAAGAUUAAUUCAAACAUCGGAGACUAUGAGCAACUCAUCCGGUUUGCUGCUGGCACAGACAGGCAUCUAGGAAUACGAAUAAUGGAGGCACUCCUUAGAAACGAACAUUUGGAAGAGAGCGAACGGUAUCGCAUUCUACUUGACUGUUCAUCAGAGUCCAAGGAAAGUGGAGGAGACGUGUCUUCGUUGGUUCAAAGAUGUGUCACUGCACAGAGUAUGAUUCUUAAGUCACCAACUAUCUACACUGUCGUUGGGCUGCAAAAUCUUCCGAAGCCACUGCAACGUGAGGUAAGAACAAUGAGGUUCGUGGAGUCUGUGCUUACGGCUGACGUGACCAGACGAAUGUGGUCCUGUCUCAAAGCAUUUCCUAACUUACAUACCAUCAGCAUCACAGAUACUUCUUUAAGUGUUCCAUUAUCUCUUCAAAAGCUCCCAUCAGUUACUCGUCUGUUAGCCAACAGAAUGACGCCUAACUGUUACACAAGCGUACUCUUAUCUCUACCUCAUGCAAAGGAGCUCGAUGUAUCCAUCUUAAUCGAAGAUACGAGCAACACUUUCGAGAUGAAAACCGAUACUAACAGUAUGAAUCAAAUUGGACAUAGUUCACAUGAUCUCCACACAAUCAAUGUGACACUUCAACAAUGCGUGUCACAGUCACUGGGUGAAUUCAAUUUUGGAUUGAAAUCUGGAGGGCUUGCCCUUCUUUUUGGGGAACAAUCUCGGAAUCAGCACCUACUAUCUGUUUCUGGUGAUAUGAGCAGAUACGGAGAAACCCUGGUUGACCUGUUUGUCAAGACGACACAACUCACCUACUUGAAUUCUCCCUCACUUGCUUCAACGCAUCUUGUCGGUUGUGUAAGUAUGCUUUGUUUGCUAGGACUAUCUAAAUUCAAAGGUUGCCAAGAUAAUGACAUGAAUGAUGAGAUGAAUACCAGGUUGUGGAACUGUCUGGGAUGCUUCAACUUUCUGACCCAUCUAAAUAUCUCAGACACAUCUCUCAGUUUGCCUCCAUCAUCCCCUCAACUACUAUCCAUCAUAGCGCUAUCAGCUGAGAGGGUAACAUCACCAUGCUAUGAAGCGCUGAUCUCAUCGCUCCCUGGUUUGGUAAAGUUCGACAUCACAACUGAUAGUGCAGAGGGAGACGUUUCCCACAUCACUGCUGGUCUCAGGCGAACAGGAGGACAGAAACUCACGCGCAUCAACUUUCACGCACCGCCAUCACUCCAACCAGAGAAGAUGCGUGUAUCGAGUGAGACUAUGAGAACACUGAGUCUGCUGAUCACACAACAUUACAAAACCCUGCAGUCGAUUGGUUUGUCUGGAAUUAUUGAUUUGAAUGAGGACUUUGUUGAACUGCUCGAGUCAUCGACCUUUUUGGGAUCAUUGGCUCAUCUGAAUGUAGAAACUCUUGAUAGAUGGCAAUUCGACUUAGAUACCUCGAAAGAUCUUCAGAUAACCAAAUGCCAUCUGUCUUCUGAGAUGACUGCUAGAAUGUGGUCUUGUCUGAGACCCUUCACCUCACUGAACCAUCUCACCAUUUCAGACUCAUCGCUCAGUUUCUCUCUAUCACCUCCUGAACUACCGUCCGUCACAAAGCUAUUAGCUAAUAAACUGACGUCACAAUGCUACCAAGGGUUGAUCUCGUCACUACCUGGGUUGCGAGAUAUUGAUGUCCAAAAUGCAGCUACAGAUGACUUUGUUGAAUUUGUCGAGUCUUCAACACGUUUGACAUCAUUGCAACGACUUGAGAUAAAAACUCUUGAUGAAUGGCAGUUCGACUUUGAUACUGCGAAAGGUGUUCAGAUAAGCGAAUGUCGUCUGUCUUCUGAGAUGACUUCUAGAAUGUGGGCAUGUCUCAGAUCUUUCACCUCACUGAAACAUCUUACCAUCUCAGAGUCAUCUCUCAGUUUCCCUCCAUCUCCUCCUGAGCUACCAUCGGUCACAACACUAUCAGUCAAGGGAAAGACGUCACAGUGCUACGAAGGUCUAAUCUCAUCGCUCCCUGGUUUGGAAGUUAUUGAUAUCAAGAUGGAUGAUGAGGGAGACAUUGCUCGUUACACCGCUGUUCUUCGUCGGACAGCGGGGCAGAAACUCAAACGCAUAUAUCUAUAUGGUCCGUCAUCACGGUCAUCACUUUCACGAGAGAGGAGCCUUGUAUCGAGAGAGACAAUGAGAGGACUUGGUCUGUUCAUCAAAAAACACACACAGAAACUGCAGAAGCUCAAUCUGAAAAGGGUGAAGUGUACAGAUAAUGACUUAGUUUACCUUAUCGACUGCUGCAGACGUGUGAAGGCGAUGAAACGCGCUCUCGUACUGUGGGACGACGGAGAAUGGCUGGCUGCAAUCUCACCUAAGGCACCUUCACCGUGA